UGUGCUUCCAGGUGUCGGAUUCCACGUGGGAGGUGAGGGCUGUAUGGCCGCUCGCGCAAUCCGCGCGGCCUGCAGAGAAGCGUCUGGCUGUCGAGUUGUGGGAGUGUCGCGAGGGAGGCGCUGGGCCAAAGGGGCCCUGAAGCCUGGCGGGCGGCCGGGGGAGGGCGCGCAUCUUGGCGGAGGUGCGAGCACGGGUGGCACGUGUGUCCGCUUGCCGCGGCCGCCGCAGCGUUCGCCAGUUCUGGCCGCGGUCACCUGAGACCAGGCGGCCCCUAGCGCUAAGCCGGCCGCGGCUCCGAGAGGCUCUCCUCUCGCCUGCCUGAGCUCCGGCCUUGGCCGGCCUGGGAGCUUCGCAGUUGGCCACACCGGCCUUUUCCGCGCUGGUGACUGGCCUUAUUCGAAGGAGGAUUUCGGUGGACGUUAGGGGACCGAGAGGGGCUCCUGUGAGAGACCGAAGUUUCCGUCCCCACAGGCCUGUCCUCGCUGAAAAGAGAUUGCGUCAGAGCCCCCGCACCCCAGAAACGAGUCAGGCCUUCAGGCGUCUCGGGCAGCCGAAAUCUCUGCCGAGAGGCGACACACACAUCCUACCGGAGAGCUCCUACUGCCCUAACUAGAGCGUUAGGGCAAAAAUCGCAAAGCCUGGGGAAACGGGCACAUCUUAGAGCUGCUGGGGCCAGUGGGAUUUUCUUGCCCCCAUGGGUUUGCGGGGGAGGCUUGGCCUGUUUGGUCCAAAGCCUAGUGGAGAGAUGCGAGGGAGGCGCAGCUUGGAAAGACAGGAAAGGCACCCCAGGAGAGGGUGUGUGAAGGUAGCAGGAGCUGAUUAACUUUUUUCCUACAGUCUUGCUGGACUGCUUAGUCUAUGUCCUGCAAGGUGGACUUGAUUUUCAUGGUUUUUUCGCUUUCUCUAACUCUAUUUUUCCAGGAAUCUAUCCUUCUUGAGAGGAGGAAAUGACCAAGUUCCAGGAACCAGUAACCUUCAAGGAUGUCUCUGUGGAUUUCACCGAGGAGGAGUGGGGUUGCUGGACCCUGCUCAGAGGAAGCUGCACACAGCUGUGAUGCUGGAAAACUACAGUCACUUGGUCUCAGUGGCCUUAUGUUCGCAGUAUGAUACUGGAGUGUACAUCCUCAGCUGAUGCUCAACCCUUUUUGAUGCAUGCGUGUUCUACUUACAGGGGACACCUCUGCUGACUGGGCUUGGGAUGGAUCUAAUAAGAAUCCAGAUGGAGACUUGAAUGAAAAUUCUGUGGAGAAUCAACAGAAAGGACUUAGGUUAUCUCUUGCCUGAAUAGCUUUCCUCCUGGCAAAUAUUGGAAGAGAUGUCCAGUACAAUAACUGGGAGUCAGGAUUAAAUUGUGAAUCUUCAGUGUACAGGAACCCUGAACUAGAUGUUCCCCCUUGUCAAAAGUGGGGAGAAGCAUCUUCUCAUAUUUCCAAAAACAAAAGCAGUUUGGUGACUCUUCAGAGUGAUGAUUUAAAAAACAUGGAAAGUGAAGAAUAUUUGUCUUUGAAAGUCCCAAGCCAAAUGGCCACACAGGACUCAGUGACGUUCUGUAAGAAUGAGCCCCAAGAUCCUCAGGAAAGCAAAAGUCUGUUUGUAACUGAAGAAAGCACUGAGAGGAAAAUCUCAGAGAGCAAAAGUCCUCCCAUCGACCAUUGUUCAGAGAACCUUCAAAAUAAACUUGUGUCUGAUGUAAAAGAAGUGGUCUCGCCCUCAUUCAGAGGUGAGACAAUAUGCCACAUUGGCCAGUCAAAAGAAUCCUUGGAUCCCUUUGACUGUAAACACAAGGACAUUUGUGGUUGGAAGUCAUGGGUGAUCAGUCGUAGUCAUCAGAGAGCUCAUACAGAGGAGAAGCCCUGCACCCAUUAUGACUGUGGGAAAAUACGUACCACCAGCCCAGGUGGUCACCCAGGUGAGAAAAUCCACACUGCUGAGAAACUAUACAGAUGUAGUCAGUGUGGUAGGGACUUCAGUGAGCGCUCAGAGCUAGUCCUUCAUCAGAGGGACCACACAGAAGAAAAGCCCUACAGAUGUGAUCAGUGCGGGAAGGGCUUCACAAGAAGCUCAAGUCUCCUUAUCCACCGCGAAGUCCAUGCAGAUGAGAAGCCUUAUAAGUGCGACAAGUGUGGGAAGGGCUUCACGAGGAGUUCAAGUCUGCUCAUUCAUCACUCAGUCCACACAGGCGAGAAGCCUUACAAAUGUGACAAGUGCGGGAAGGGCUUUACUCAGAGCUCCAAACUGCACAUCCACCAGCGAGUGCACACUGGAGAGAAGCCCUAUGAGUGCGGGGAGUGUGGUAUGAGCUUCAGUCAGCGCUCCAACCUGCACAUCCACCAGCGCAUCCAUACGGGGGAGAGGCCCUACAAGUGUGGAGAGUGUGGGAAGGGCUUCAGUCAGAGUUCAAACCUUCACAUCCACCGAUGCUCACACACGGGGGAGAAGCCUUACCAGUGCUAUGAGUGUGGGAAGGGCUUCAGCCAGAGCUCAGACCUCCGCAUCCACCUCAGAGUCCACACGGGGGAGAAGCCCUAUCACUGCGGCAAGUGUGGGAAGGGAUUCAGCCAGAGCUCCAAACUCCUCAUCCACCAGAGAGUCCACACUGGAGAGAAGCCCUACGAGUGUAGCAAGUGUGGGAAGGGCUUCAGCCAGAGCUCCAACCUCCACAUCCACCAGCGGGUCCACAGGAAAGAUCCCCAUUAAAUGAGGUCUUCAAUCGCAUGCUUGUACUCUAAAGACUUAAAUAUUUUUAACAUCACUCUUAGUUUUAUAUUCUCAGGAUAUAGUAAGAGUUAUUCCGAUAACUUCCCUCACUGGAAAAUCAUUUAAAGUAUUUAACUACCAAGCACUUUGUUAUGCUACACAGUGAAUUGAUUGCCCUUGUUCCUCAGAUGGGUAGAGUGAAAAUGUCUAUACUGUGCUGUUCAGUCAGUGUUACUAGAACUACAUACCCUACCCAGCAUUUUUAAGUGCAAGAACCUUAUAUUUCUCCAAGCAGAACAUGUUUCCUUUGUUCACAUUCUCUGAGAAAUUGGAACUUUGGCUUCUCUUCAAAUCACAUGCCUUGUGUUUUCCUAUUUCCUUCCAGCCCUGAGUAGCCCUCUCUAAAUUCUGGUUAUACAAUGUUAGUUUUAGGUUGAGGGGGUGGUUGGAGGUAUAAUGGGCAUGGAAAUCUGUUAUUGCACACACGUACUACAGCCUGUGGCCUCACAAGAACGUGGAGAAGAGCUACUCGUGCAGUACACCCCACACACUACAGGAUGUGGGAGCCCUCCCCCUCCUCCCCAUAAGGCAACUGCUCAGGAACGUAAGUAGUUCUUUUUCCUGGGUGCAGCUAGUCUGUUGGGGUGCUUCCAGGUCUUGCCAUCUCAAAUGACACCCCCACCAAAUUAAAGCCAAGUAGGGUACCUACACCAUGUUGAAACAUGUUAAAUGAAGUUGAAAUAUAUUUAAAUGUAUUUAAUUUGUCUCUCAACACUGAACCUCUCUUAUUUCCUUAAAUUUCUUCACCAUCCAUGUUCUGAACCAAACAAAGGAGUCAGGAGAGAGAGUUCUGAUAUUUUUCUCUUCAGACUCAACUUGUUUUAAUAUUUGAUAUACCCCCAAAAAGUCAUUUGUUUUUGCAGCAUUGUUAUUGAACCAGACUGGGGUCUGCUUGCCCAUGCACAAUAAAGCCAAUCUACUUA